ACGCAAGUUCUUCUAUUAAAUAAAUCAUUUUCAUUUAUGGCAACGGGAUCUUAUAUACUAUAUUAAUCUUUUGGGUUUGUUUUUAUUUCUGUUUGAAUGCAUAUUCGGGAGUGUUGCUAGGUGCACCCAGCAUUUUUGUUGGUGCACCCAGCACUUGUAGUGAAAAGGCCGUAAUACCCCUGACUUAUUUUUUAAAAAAAUAAUGUGAGACUCUCUCUCUCUCGCCCCGCCUGCGUUUUCGCUUCUUUCUUUCUGCGGUUUUCUUCUCUUCUUCCUCACAGCAUUUUCGUUUCUUCCUGCAUUUUCGUAUUGUUGUUGCUCACGUCAUCGGUGUUUCCAUUUGUUGUUGCCGUUAAGAGGAGGUUGCGGGAAGAGGUUCUUCUUCUUCUUCGUUGAGGAGCUUGCCACCAUUGUUGUUGUGAAUAGGAGGUUGCCGUGGUGCAUUGAGGAGGCUUCCGCAAAGAGCAACGCCACCGCCACCGUCGAGGGAGCUUCGUCACCGUCCAUCGUCGAGAUCAUGGUUAGGACCAGAGGAUUAGGUUGUGUCUUAGGUCACAUUACUAACAGAGGUGUAGGCAGAGGAGAUCGUGAUGAUUCCGAUGAUGCUCCGCAGCGUCCACAGUCUACCGCAUCCGCACGCAGACAGAGAGUAGCUAUCACAGCUGAGCACGAUGAGCCAGUGGUCCCUGUGACAGAGGCUGUUGGAGCUUCAGUUGAGCCUAUCGUAUAUGCAGAUGAGCCGAUGGCAAGAGGUGAUGUACAUGACACUGGGGCAGACACUCCUGCAGACACAGGCACACAGGCUGUUGAGGAUGAGGCUGAGGGAUUUUUGGGUGGUCCGAGCGACCCAUCCGUGCUGACCGAGUAUGCGGAUCACGUUGCAGGCAGUGUAUGGACGGGAGAGGAGCGUCCUGAGUUGAAGCUAUCCUCUCACGGGAGGAAGGUCCAUAGUUUAGGCAGGCCUAUCCCUGCCAUUAAGGGGCUAGUUGUUGGAACAGGACUAAGUCUUCUGAUCGCGUGUUCGAUAGACACUGGCGAUCGGAGACUUUUGUCUUCGUUUGUCGAGCGGUUGUCGGGGCUGAGACAUGACAGUGUCGUGGACCGUACGUACGCCUGCAAUGGGUACGUGAUAUCUAUGAGCGUCGAUGCCAAGCAGGCCCUUCGUGACCUCAAUCAGACCGAGAGGUACGCCUGGGGAGUAGCUGCGCUUGUGCAUAUGUACGACCACCUGAACGAUGCUUCUAUCAGCAACAACCGACAGCUUGACGGUUACAUCGCACUACUGCAGUGCUGGAUAUACGAGCACUUUCCCUCAGUCGCAGAGUCCAUUGCUGAUUCGGACUACGACGAGGAUUCACCGCGUUCCUGUAGGUGGAUUGCUACGAAGAAGACCGUGAAGAACAUACGUACACCGACGUACAGGGAGCGCCUGGAUCGACUCCGGAUUUCGGAUGUCUGUUGGAUCCCAUAUGGGGAGCACCGACCAGUCCGGGACUUCCAUAUGAUUUCAUGCUAUUCUGGUCUCCUGCGCUGGGUGCCCGUUGUUAUGUAUUACGAUCAGAGAGGGUCAUGCGGCAGUUUGGAUACACUCAGAUCAUUCCUACUCCGCCUGUGGAUUCAUGGGUGUCGUAUGAUGAUAUACACGACAGGUGGAUGCACUAUUCGGAUCAUAUGGUUCUUUCGCAUUUCGCAUCCUUUCAUGACACCAGGCCAGGCCUCAAAUCCUCUGCCAGAUGGUCAUGCUCCGCAGCCCCAAGUCAUCCCUCAGGUCCCAGAGACAGAUAUCCCUCACGUGCCGGAGCCAGGAGCACCAUCGACAUCUGCGAGGCCCACUGUGGACGAGCCUAGACAUGCAGUGGAAGUUUGCUAUGGGAUUGCUGAGAGGUUGGAGCGCCAUUUGAGCCUAGGGGUGGUCACCCCAAGCUCAUCGACACAUGAGGUGAUCGAAGAAUGCCUCAAGAUGGCUAGGAGUGUCACACAGGAUCAGCUAGUAUAUGUUAGGUCUCGACGCAGGCGGUGCAUGGAUCAGACAUAGUUUAUUUACAUAUUUUAUAUUGAUAUUCAAUGUAUAUAUAGUUAUUGUACUUGAACUCAUUUCAUUAGUAAUGUUAGUUUUAUUUAUUUCCAUUAGUAAUGUUAGUUUUAUUUAUAAUCA